AUGAAUAUGUUGGAUGAUGAAGGUGACCAAAGCUUUCACGCUACGCGUGUCGGCUACUCCCAUUUGAGCGAUGUCGAAUGGGAUGCGGUUGAACGGAUGGGUUCGACCAUGGGCAGCCAUGCUGUUAGCGUCAUGCUAGAGGCUCUCAAUAGAGAUGCCCAACAUGCUACCAUCGCCAAGUUCAUUCAAAAUGAACUUGACGCCGAACGCGAGAAAUUUGAGCUGUUGAGACAGCAGCAGGCUGCUGCUGGUGGGUCGAUGCACUCGCGUCGACCCGAGACCUUGAAGAUUGGCAUCUCCAAGGCGCGUCGCAUCGACGACGGGGAUAUGCAAGUUGCAUUUGCCCAAUCAAAUCUGGCAGGACGUGCCAAGACUUGGGCACUGGGGCUCAAGUUGCACGACCCAUAUGCGUUUGGGUCGUUGGAAGUCUUCAAGUAG